UCCUGCUCCUCCGCCCUGUGCGCGCAGGCUCCGAGCUCCCUCCGCGUGCCGGCGGAGCAGCGUUCUUCCUCACCCCACCGGAAGGCGGCGCCGAAGACCCGACCCACCCAGACAGCAAAUCCAGAGAGCGGGGCGCUUCCUCGGCCGGGGCAGCCCGACGCGCAGUUACAGCGGGAUUUGGGGCGACUUGUUUUUCUUACGUCCACAAUUGCCAUUUCCCUCUCUCCGAAAGCCAGACGUUACGUUGGGAAAGCUGCUGGAUUUUAGUCUUUGAGACAAUCCCCUAAAGGGCGUGGCCGGCCGAGCGGCCCCGCAAAGUUGGCCUGGGCUGGGAGGGACUCGUUUCGUGCCUGAAGAGAGCGAGGAAGAGCGUGAGGGCAGCGCAUCCUCGGGAGGAGAUGUCUUUGAAACACCAUCCGUGACAGCCGCAGGAACACUUACGUGUUGCUUUGUUUUGUUUACAUACUGAGUGGCUUUUCAGUGAAAUGCGGUUUUGGUUACAGGAAGAAAUGGCCCCCCAGGAGCUCAGCCGGCGACUGGCCACCGUGAUCACUCAUGUCGAUGAAAUUAUGCAGCAGGAAAUCAGGCCGUUGGUGGCAGUGGAUAUAAUUGAACAACUUCACAGACAGUUUGCCAUUCUCUCAGGAGGCCGAGGGAAAGAUGGUGCCCCCAUCAUCACUUUUCCAGAGUUUGUGGGGUUCAAACACCUCCCAGAGGAAGACUUCCUAAAUGUCAUGACUUACCUGACUAGCAUCCCCAGUGUGGAGGCUGCCAGCAUCGGAUUCAUCAUUGUUAUCGACCGGCGACGGGACAAGUGGAGCUCCAUAAAAGCAUCAUUGACACGAAUAGCUGUAGCAUUUCCAGGAAACUUGCAGCUCAUAUUCAUCCUUCGUCCAUCUUGCUUUAUCCAGAGGACAUUCACUGACAUUGGCAUUAAAUAUUAUCGAGAAGAAUUUAAAAUGAAAGUGCCGAUUGUUAUGUUAAACUCUGUGUCUGACCUUCAUGGCUACAUUGACAAAAGCCAACUGACAGAGGACUUAGGGGGAACUUUGGAAUACCGCCACAGUCAGUGGAUAAAUCAUCGAACUGCCAUCGAAAACUUUGCCAUGUCUUUGAAGACCACUGCCGAGAUGCUCCAGAUGUUUGGGGCCUGCCUCGCCACAAAAGAGCUGCCCAGCAGCGUGCUGUCUGCUGAAGACCUCCUUAUGUCCCACACAAGGCGGUGGGACAAGCUGCAGGAUGAGCUGAAAUUACUUGGAAAGCAAGGGACCACAUUACUGUCAUGCAUUCAAGAACCAGCAACCAAAAGUCCCACCAGCAAACUCAAUCCCAGUGAACUAGAGAAUGUAGCUAUCAUGGAACGGUUAUUACUUCAGUUGGACGAGACAGAAAGAGCCUUUAAUCAGUUUUGGUCUGAGCAUCACUUGAAGCUUAACCAAUGCCUACAGCUACAACACUUUGAGCGCAAUUUUUAUGAGGUUAAGCUUGCCCUGGACAGUUUGUUGGCAGAGCAAGUGGAGUUUACAAACAUUGGCGACAGUGUGAUAUGCGUGGAGCAACUUCUUAAGGAACACAAAAACCUGGAAGAAAAAGGCCAGGAUACCUUGGAAAAGGCCCAGCUGCUUUCAAUAAUUGGGGACCAACUCAUCCAAAGCCACCACUAUGCAGUGGACUCCAUCAGACCCAGAUGUGUAGAGCUCAGGCACCUCUGUGAUGACUUCAUCAAUGAAAAUAAGAAAAAAUAUGACAUUUUAGAAAAGUCCUUGGAGUUGCAUAGACAGCUGGACAAGGUCAGCCAGUGGUGUGAAGCAGGAAUCUACCUUUUGGCUUCCCAAGCUGUAGACAAGUGCCAAUCACGAGAGGGGGUUGACGUUGCCUUGAACGACAUUGAAGCAUUCCUGAGUACAGCGAAGGAGUACCAGUUGCCCAGCCACAUGGAAUUUUACAACCAGUUUGAGUUGAUACUCACCAUUGACGUCAAGGCCAGAGCCCAGGAAGUCCUGCAGAAGCUGAGCGACGUACAGGAAAUAUUUCACAAGAGGCAAAUGAGUCUGAUGAAACUGGCAGCCAGACAGACUCGCCCAGUGCAACCCGUGGCCCCCCACCCUGAGUCGUCCCCAAAAUGGGUGUCGCCAAAAACCAGCCAGCCCUGCGUCUUGGCUCCUCUUCAGAGGACAUCUGAGGAAACUUAUGCAGGGACAUUGGAAAAGGAAGAUGACAAGACUAAAUUUGAAGUCAAGAAUGAAGAAAUACUGGAAAGCAGUCACGAUGGGGAGAACCCUAAGCCAGAGCACCUUGACAGUCCUGAAAAUCUUUCCCCUACCAGGCGCAUCAUACAUGACUUGCUCGAGACGGAAGCGAUUUAUAUAAAGGAGAUUAAGAGCAUAAUUGAUGGUUAUAUCACUCCAAUGGAUUUUAUUUGGCUGAAGCAUCUGAUUCCAGAUGUUCUUCAGAAUAACAAGGAGUUUCUCUUUGGGAAUAUUAGGGAACUUUAUGAAUUUCACAACAGGACUUUUCUAAAAGAAUUGGAAAAGUGCACCGAAAACCCUGAACUUCUGGCACGUUGCUUUCUCAAGAGAAAAGAAGAUCUGCAGAUAUAUUUUAAAUACCAUCAAAACCUUCCCCGAGCGAGAACAAUCUGGCAAGAAUGCCAAGACUGCACCUUCUUUGGGGUAUGCCAGCGCCAACUGGAUCACGAGCUCCCUCUUUUUAAGUAUCUCAGAGGACCAAGCCAGAGACUUAUAAAAUACCAGAUGCUGUUGAAGGGGCUGCUGGAUUUUGAGUCUCCGGAGGAUUUGGGGAUAGACCCAGGUGACCAAGAAGAAGGUUUGGCUAAGAAUGGGCCAAAGAGGACCAAGGAUUCCACAUUCUCAGCCGAACUACAGCAAGCUUUGGCCAUGUUGGAAGAUUUGAUCAAGUCCUGUGAGUUGGCCAUGGACCUGGCAGCAGUCACUGGAUGUCCGGAUGAUAUCAAGAAACUGGGCAAGCUGUUGAUGCAUGGCUCUUUCAACGUCUGGACAGUUCACAAGGAUCGUUACAAAAUGAAGGAUUUUAUCCGAUUUAAGCCCAGCCAGAGGCAAAUCUAUCUAUUUGAAAGGGGAAUCGUGUUCUGUAAGAUUCGAAUGGAGCCCAGUGACCAGGGCCUCGCUCCUCAUUACAGCUUUAAGAAAUCUAUGAAGUUGGUGACACUGUCAAUUCGCCAGCUUGGCAGGGGGAGCAGCCGAAAGUUUGAAAUUGCCCACCGAAAUGGACCCGAGAAAUACAUCCUGCAGGCAGCUUCAAAAGAAAUCAGAGAUUGCUGGUUUUCAGAAAUAAGUAAAUUACUGAUGGAACAACAAAACAAUAUUAAAGAUAUUGAUGAGGGUGAAGACAAUGGCAAACAAAUCUCCUCAAAAGGCUGCUCCAGCAGAGAGUUCAUCUCCAUGGAAACCUCUGAGGAGCCUGAAGGUGCAGAAGAAAUGGAAAAGGAGAACAGUGCUCUGAGUCUAUCCGGACUUUUCCAGUUGGACGACAGUUAUGAAACGUGUUCCUCCAAAUUUGUCCCGGAAACGGGAGAAAGCAUCCAGGGGAAAAAAGAAGGUGGCGAUGAGGACAUGUGAGUGUGAAAGAGGAAAGAACAGUAAGCAAACUGGUUAGCCAUUGCUCCCCUGACUCUUGUUGAAUUUCAGGACAGCAAACAAAACUAAGCCAGGGUCCACUGGCUUGCUCGCCCCUGCGGUCGGGGGGACAGCUAGCUUACGGGAUAAGCAGUGCGGGCGAGGGAAGGAUGCCUGAGGACCCCCUCCCCGGAGAACUGACACUGGCACCAGACCCCCGCGGCUCCCCGCUCGGCCGAGGCCCCCAGACCGCCUUCGUUCCGCUCACAGGCUGCGGCGGCCGCUGGGGGGGCCGGCCCACCCUUACAGAGAAAGCAGCCAAGGGGCCUCGGACCCUCCGAAUCUGUCACCCUAGCCCGGGGGAAGGGCCAGGACCACCUUCCAGAAGACUAAGGGUCCACGGCCUCCGGGGGAGC